AUGCCUGUGGUAUAUUGGCCAUGUACGAUUGUCACCAGCUGCGAGGCGUGUCACGAACAAGCCGUCUGCCGCACCUCCCCCACGGCAGGUGACAUCACAUGCACCUGUAAGAAGGGCUUCUCCGGAGACGGCCUCGUCUGUUUACCUGGCCACACCGCCACCGUCGACCACCACGCCCCUCGCCGUGUCCGCCGCUCCAACACCAACCUUGCCCACGUCCGGUUCAGCUGCGGCUUCAACGAGUGCGCUGACGGGGAGGACUGCAUCACGGUCGACGGCAUCCAGCAGUGCGCCAACCCCUGCAAGAUCUACACGGUCCUGAACGAUGCCUGGCGUUCCACCAACAACCACGUGGGCAACAAGCACUGCGACCGCUACGUCCGCUGGGACGGCUAUUACCGCAUGUUCAUCGGCAACCAGAGCGUGUCCAUGCCGGACAAGUGCGUGGAUUCGUUCAAGUGCGGCACCCAGGCUCCCUUGUGGCUGGCGUUUCCUCCCCCCCAGCAGGUGGAUGAAAUUGUCCAGAGUGCAGUCUGCGCCAGCUUCAAUGGGGACUGCUGCUGGGUGCAGUCUCAGCCCAUCCACGUCAAGGCAUGUCCUGGGAACUACUUUGUGUACAAGUUCGUCAUGCCUCCCGGGUGCUACUUCGCCUAUUGUGCAUAUGUGUCACCUCUCACCACAACACCAAAACCAGUCAGAACAACAACCACAACAACAACCACCACAACAACAACAACCACAACAACAAAAAUCACCACGACAACACAAACAUCCGUAAAUAUCACCCCUACGACAAAAUCACCAGUAGAUGUUGUCACCUCGACAAAAACACCAGUAGAGAACAAUCGCACCACAACAACAACACAGUCGCAGGUUGCCACGACUACGCCUAAAGCAAUGUGUGGUUCCUGCCGAGCGGGGGAGACCUGCGUGAGCACCGAUGGGGUCACUUGGCGGUGUGAGAGGCCAGAUCAGCCUGUUUUGCUGCACCCAGAGGUAGUAUGUGGGCGGAGCCUGAUACAGGUGGGUCUCAACAGGACUAACCUGGAGGCCGCUGGUCUGGACGCCACCACCGCUAACCUGGCCGACCCCCGGUGUACCGCUCACGGAGAGCGUGGAGGCAUGGUAUGGUACCAGGUGGAGCGCACGGAGGGCGCCUGCGGAAACACUCUGGUGACAAACGGAACUGACGCCAUCUUUUCCAACAGUUUAUUCAUCUACCACGUUCACGCCGUGUCCUUCAGCCGACCCGUGAGCGUGCCUUUCUCCUGUGCCUACCCCCUGGAAUCAGAGACCAGCCUGGAUGUGGCCAUCAAACCCUACCUGUUGCUGAAGGGUUCCAACGUCGGUAAGGGUUCCAGAGUGGGCUCCAACAUGACUCUGUACCACAGCAACAACUUCACAAAGGCUUACCCAGCGGGCGGAGUCACCUUGCCGGUGGGUUCCGUGCUGCACGUGGGUGUGUCCGUAGAGGAGUCCGAGACGGAGCGUUUCGUGGUGGUUCUGGAGGACUGCUAUGCCACUCAAUCCCCCGACCCUAAAGACAUCAUGCGAUACUACAUCAUUCAGAACAAAUGUCCGACUGAAUUCCGUCAGGUGAGGGUGGAGGAGAGCGGCUCGUCCCUCAGGGCUCGCUUCUCUGCUCUGCUGUUCCUGUACCAGGGGGACUACCGGGACGUCUUCCUGCACUGCAGACUCAGCCUGUGUGACCAGAGGAGCUCCUCCUGCACUCCAGUGUGCACCAAAAGGAAAUACCGCUCUGUCACCCCCUCUGUCCCCCUCGAACCCCUCACCAUCGGACCAAUCACCUGGUCCCAAAAUGAAGAUUGAACUUGUCAUGCUUCCUGUAUCCUAAACUUUGAAUCCAGUUAUCUAAAUGAUUAAUGUAAAGUUCAUAAACCUAUCUCACCUAUACAUCAUUUAUGUCCUAAACCAAGCCAUUUCAUAUUUAAUAUCUUACAUACAUCCAGUUAUAAAUAAUGAUAUUUUAAGGAUAUUUUAAUAUUUUUCUUACGACUAGGAUAAUUGGGAAAAUAUUUCUAUUUGAACCAACACAAUUUCAUUGUUGAACCUUUAACUAAGGCUUGAGGCCAGAAAGUGUAUGUGCUGGCCACUAAUUUGUAACGUUUGUAACGUGAA